AUGACAAAUCUAAACAAUCUCCAUAAGGAGGCUGACGAAAUAGAAGCAGAACUUAUUAAAUCUGAGAAUACCUUAGAAAAUAUAGGUACACUUGCAAUUAAAAUACAAAAGUUUAUUAAAAUGGUAGGAUAUUUAGAUGAUGCAAACCUAAAAUUGAAAGCAAAAAAUUUUAAUGAUAGGAUUGUACGGUUAAGUAACUUAAGACUUGCAAAAAGAAAACAAGAAGAUGAAGAAAUGAUUAAAUGUAAAUUAACACCUGAAGAACCAUUUACUGAAUGCACUAGUGAAACUUAUUAUACAGAAAAAACACAAAGAGUAAACCACAUUUUAACUGAUGCUAUGAAUAUUUUGGAUACCAUACAGAAACAGGGAAGAUAUAUUGAAAGAGCAAAUUCGAGAUUAAAGGAUGGAUUGAUAAAACUGGGAUUUAGUAGAAAUUUGGUGGAAGAAAUUGAUAGAAGAUAUUUAGCUGAUAAUAGAAUAUUUGUAACAGGAUUUGUUUGUGUUAUAUUACUUUUUUUGAUAUUAAGAUUUUGGUUUAGAUAA